AAUAACAACACCAAUAACAACCACAGUGGCAACAACAACAACUGCGAAACAUCAGCGGAUAUAGCUGCAGUCGCUAACGAUUCUAGCCAGAAUCAUGCUACCCCUGCAACUGAUGAGCGCCAGAACCAGACCCAGAGCCCGGGCUCGAGCCAGAAAUCGAAUAGCUCGCCAGCUGCUGUUGCACUGCAUCACAUAUUGACAUUGACGCCACAGAUAAGCGAAUCGUCGGUGGAUGGUGGCCAGGCGGCGGCGUCAACGGCGGCGGCAGCGCCGACCGAGGUGUUUGCGGCGACAACGACAACGCUCCAGCAGCGACGUGGCGCCACCGCCAAAGGCAAAACCCAAGAUGACCAAAAUGUGGGCCAGCGUCAGAAAAAUAAAAAGACAAAGUACGAUGCUUGGGAGGAUAGCGAAAUUAAUGAUCUCGAUGACGCAUCAUUGAAGAAACUACUCGAGGAGGCCUAUUGGUAUCGCAAUCCCGGCGAUCGCAAAAACAAAAGUGAGCGUUUUCUGCAAAUGCUCAAAAAGGCUGAGUACGACGAGGCGAACUCUCAUCGUGCACUUCAUUCCAAUCUAGUACGCAACACGUCCGCAUCAUCAUCAACGUCCGGCGGCUAUCACGGCUGCGUUGGCAGCAGCGUUGGCAGCGGCAGCAAUUUCGGAGCGCACAAUAGCAACAAUUAUAGCAACAAUUACAAUAGUAGCAGUAGCUAUAAUCGAACGACGACGAAUCGUCACAAGCAGGGCGGCUCCCUUCAGGAUCUGGUCGAGGCCACGCAGCGCAGCGAGCUGGCAACAACGUCUGCAGCAGUAGCGGCGGCAGCCCAACGUUUCAACUGUGAUUAUCAGCUAGGCGGUGGUGGUGGUGGCGGCAACGCGCGUACCAAUCGACGGCAGCAGCACAGCAGUAGUAACAACCAAAACGCCACACUCGCCGGCAAGAAAAACAAGAACAGCAACAGCAAUAGCAACAGCUCAACAUCUGUAUCGGCGCGACAGCGCGAAGGCGGCAGCUUGCCAGGCAACGUUUACUUCGAGGCGGCCAGCAUGGAGGCCAAGUUGAAACUCGCAUUGGGCGAGGAGAUUGUUAUGAACACAAAUGCUGCUGCCGCAACGGCAAGCAGCGGCAGCACCAGCAGCAAGAGCUAUCGUUGCAGUCAGCCCAGUCAGCUGAAUGAAACGGAAGCAACAGCAGGUGCAGCAACUGGUGGUGGAGGUGGAGGAGUCCUUGACAUGCAGUUCGAUUUGGAUGAGCAGGAUGCUGCUGGGGGCUAUUCACCUGAUAAUGUAUCUGGCGACGGUUUGCCUGUCGUUAAACAAUAUCAAAUUGAUCAUCCGUCGGAGAAGAUGCAGCUUGAAUUGCUGCGUGAGGCCCGCAAGAAUCGGAAGCUGUCGUCAUCAAACCAAUCCGUAACCCUGAAAUGCGAGAAGCUGCUUGAUAUUCUCACCCAGCAGAUGCAGAAGCAACAACAGCAGCCAACCGACAACAAGGAUGCGGGCGCAGUCAAAGAGUUCCUAAUCGAUGAUCCCCUUCACUUUUCUGUGCUCGAGCUGUCUGCUAAGAAUCAACAGCAGCAACAGCAUCAGUACGGAGCAGCGCUGGGCAAUGCAGCUGGAUAUUCUGUUGCAUUGGAGGAUGAGAAGCGCAGACCUGAGGUUGGCUAUGUGUCACUCAAUGACAGCUAUGCGGCCUGCUCAUCCGUCUACGGUGUUAGCGGCAUGUCUAACCCGUCCACCUCGUCGUCGGCCAACGAUGCCGGCUUAGAUUUACGCCCGGCAAAGAUUGGGCGCAUGACGUCGGCAGCCGCAGCAGCAGCUAUUGCCAGCUCACACGGCACCAAGACCACAUCGCGCCAGUUUGAUGAGAAUGGGAACGCGUUAAGCGAUGGCGGCAGUGGCAACAGCAGCGGCAAUAGCAGUGCCAGUGGCUCCUCAAAUCAAUUUAACACGCUCAUUGCUAGCUCAAUGGGCGGAUCGCAGCAACAGUUGCCACAACAACAGCAACAAAAUCAGCAACAGCAGCAACAACAACAGCAACACCAACAGUUGCAGCAACAACAACGCUCGAAUAGCGUUUCCACAUUGCUCACCACUGGUCCGAAUACAACAACAACAGCGAUGGCUGCCGCUGCCGUUGCUGCUUCAUUCAACAGUCAAAUGCAACAGGCGCCUGGUUUUGGUGGCGCCGGUGUUUCCAUAUCGCAGCCAGCAACCAAGCUCAAAUUGAAGAAGAAGUCACAGCAGGAGCGUAAUACGACCACUGUGGAUGUUGAAUCGGUUGCCGGCUAUCGUGGCAAGGAUCCCGUUGAGCAACUGGUCAAGUAUAUAGAGAACGAUGGCGCCACCGGGCUGCAGCAGCAGCAAAAGAAAAAGGAGCGCAAGAAGCAGAACAAGCUCAAGAAAUGCAAUUCUCUCGAGGAGCUGCGCAGCUGUGCCAAAAUGGAGGUGGAUGAGCUCAAGCGACAAGCGGCCACCACCGAAAUGAUGCGCAACAAGAAGGGUGCCGCUGGUGGUGGUGGCAAGCACAAUUCCGCCUCCGUUGCCGACAUUAACAAGAACUGCAACAAGGAGCAGCAGCAGCCACAAUCGCACCACCAACAGUCACACUCGCAACACCAUCAGCCCUCGCGUAAGGGCGAACGUCGCUCCUGGGGCACCGAGGAGCUACAGUAUUUGGGUGAACCGACACUCAAUGAUGCUGCAGCCGCUACCAGCAAAUGGACGGAAUCUGUUGUGGCGCCAUCACCACCAACGCCGCCGUUAGACGAACAGGAUCAGCAGUAUCAACAGUUGUCGUCAACGCUGGCAUCGUUGCCAACGCUGGCGCGCAUGUCCGAACUGGAGGCGCUCAAUACGGUGCUCAGCGAGACGGCCGAGUUUCAUGUGGUGACCAAGAAGAAGAAACCAAAGAAACAACGCGCCGUCACCAUGGAUGAUGCAGCGGUUGCUGCGGCAGCCGCAACUGGUGGCAACUUGCAGCGCAUGCAACAGAUAACUAAGUCCGCAUCAUCAAACAUGAUGUCGCAACGCUUGCGCGGCACCAUCGAUUACUACAACAAUAGCGGCAACAAUUACUAUAUCAACAAGCAGCAGCAACAGCAGCAGCAGCAACAACAACAGCAACAGCAUCAACAAAUGCAGCAACAUCAGCAGCCGCAACAUCAACAGCAUCAGACAAUAGCUUCGGCUGCUGCCGCAACAACAGCUGCUGCAACUGCCUCACAAGAUAAUUCGCGUCGCAAGUCCACAUCCUCAAUGCCUCCAUCGGAGAAAUCCGAUUCCAGUGAUCUCGAUUCGGUGCACUCGCUGCCCAUCCAAACUGGCAAAAAGAAGAGUAAUAACAACAAGCGCGUUGUCGUUCAAAACAAGCACAACAAGAAUAACAUCAGCAACAGCAGCAGCAGCAGCAGCAACAACAACAAUAACAAUUCACCAGCGCCCAUUUCGUAUGCAGACAUAGCGCGGAACAAGCGAGAGGAGCUGGCCAAAGCCGGUGAGGACGUCGGUCACGAAUCUGGCGAGCCGCAAGCUCAAGGACAGCCGCCACAACAGCAGCAACAGUUGCCCAAGGCCAAGUCUAAGCUGGCCCGACCCGAUUUUCCCGAGCUGCCCAGCGCCGUCUCUAAUUUGUCCACAACAGCGGCAACUACUGCUGCCGCUUUAAUUCGUUACUCGCAGAGUCUGGGCAACAACAACUGCAGCAGCAACUGGGAAACGGAUACACACAAUGAGCCAUCAGCUUUGUCAGCAGCAGCAGCAGCAGCAGGCGCAGCAACAACAACACCGACAACAACAGCAGCUGGCAGCAGUGGCAAUUGCAGCUUAAGCGGACCAUCGUCUGCUGCAAUGUCCGUUUCAGCGUCGGCGUCGGCGCCUGCACUGCAAAAGUCAAAAAGUGUGGAGCAUGAUGCGAGCAGUUAUAGUUUCAAUAGCAGCAAUCUGGACUUACAAUAUCCAGCGCUGGAGAAGACAGUCAAACGGCACAGCGUGAACUAUGUGUCGCUGCCAGCCCACAUGUCCACGGGCUACAAUUUUGCGGCAGCUGCCAAGCAGCAUCAGCAGCAGUUGCCCGACAAGUCUAGCUUGGAAGCAGCAGCAACAUCAACAUCAGCAGCAACUAUCUCAGCCAAGGCCAAGAGCAGCAGCAAUACUAGCAGCAACAUCAGCAGCAGCAGCAGCAAGCCAAAGGAGCUAUCGCCCAGCAGCAGCAAUAGCAUUAGCAACAUCAAAAAGCAAGAUAAAUCUUCCAGCCAAAAGCCUAGUCAGGAGGAUCAAUCGUCGCAAUCGUCACCGCCGCCGCUGUCGCCGCCGGUUAUCUUUAGCAACAAAGCGACUGCAGCCACCCAAACGGAAACCGCCAAAAAGCCGAACAACACUUCAACGGCAUCGGUGCAAACCACAAGCACCUUGUUGCCGCUCGGCAAUCGUCCGGCUGUAAUUAUACUCAACGAUGAUCGCGACUCGGCGCUGGGCAGGCUCAACAACGAGUUCAUAUUUGGCGAUUUCAAUGAGGACGAACUGAAACUGUUUGACGAUGCCAGCAGCGAUAAGGAACAACAGCAGCUGCAGCAGUCGUCUCCCAUCAGUAAGGAUAAGCAAAAGGAGGAGGAGCAGUCAGCGGCAUUGCAAACGCAGCACAAACAGCAACAGACAGCGCCAACAACUGCGACAACAGCAACAGCAACCGAUGUGCAGCAGCAGCAACAGCAACAACAACAACAGCAGCAGCUGCAACAGCUGCUCUUAAAUGAUUCAGACGCUGCGUCUGAUGUGGUCAAUAGUUCGGCCUGUUUGGAUAUGCUGCUGAUCUCAGGGCAGGCGGCACAGUCGUCGCCCAAUGCAGCAUCAGCCGUUAAUAAUUCAUCCACAUCGUCAACGGCAUCCAGCUCGGCCUCGUGCUCCACCUCGGCGUCCUCAUCGGCGCUGAGCAGUGGCAGCAAUGACAAUGACAACAGCAACAGUAACCUGGCCAACAUGGGCGUCAGCUCACAAUUGGCCAAUCAGUCCAGCGAUAGCGGCAUUAACAUAUCCAGCAGCGCUGCUGCAGCUGCAUCGGCAGCCGCUGCAGCUGCCGCAGCAGCCGCUGCCGCAAGCGCUGCGGCCGCCAUCGCAACCGCUGCCAGCAUCAAGGAACAUGUGUCCAAUUUUCUAAGCAAGGCCAAUGCCAGCACCAGCAAGAGUCGCAACAACAGCCAUAGCAACAGUAGCAGCUGCAGCAGCAGCAGCAAUCACGAUGAGCAGCCAAUGGUCCCCAUGCAACAGCUGGAGACGUGCAAUGAUAUUGAGACGGCCAUCAUUGCAGCCGCACGUGCCGCUGCUGCUGCCGCCGCCAGUUCAUCGUCAGCAUCUGCAUCUGCUUCGGUUUCCGUUUCUGUAUCCGUCUCCGAGUCGGCCUCUGGGUCGCGCAGCGGCAGCUGCACACGCAGCAAUUCACAGGAUCAGCCAGAAAAGACAGCAACUGGAGAUGGAGCUGGCGGUGGUUGUGGCGGUGGCGGUGCUUCCGUCGCCCUGGACGAACAGGAGCAGCUGUGCGAGCUUAGCUUCAUGUCCGAUCUCAAGUCGGACCUAGUGGCAACGACAGCGGCUGCCUUAACAGCCACAGAGAUGAUGGCAGGCACGUCAAUAUCAACACCUCCCACCCCACAAAUAAAUUCCUACACAGAGGUUCUCGUCGAAUACAUCAACAACUCCUGGAAUGACGUAUUCAAUAGCAAAAGCGUGCUUUUCUACAACGAGCAGGACGACAGUUCAGAGGAUUCCUAAGUGCCGGCGUCCAGCACUUCACUUCGAUAUGUCAUUUCACCUUUCGUCCUGAUUGUGUUUGUUGAAUUCGAACUGGGAACGCAACAAUUAAAGGAAAAACGCAAAUGAAAAUGGGAAAACAGAAUGCAAACGCAAACGCAAAACAUAUGAAAACAUAGGCUUAUAUUAAGUUGCUUGAUUAUAUGUGACAUCCAUUGUAGAAGACAACAAACAUACACAUUUGCACACACACACAUAUAUAUAUACACACAACGUACACAAGAACAUCUACCAACUACACCUACACCUACACCUACACAUAUAUAAAUAUACAUAUAAUAUAAUAUACGCAUAUUAUAUUGUAUUAUAUUAUAUAUAUAUAUCUAUGUUUGCUAUAACAAUACGCUUUUUAAGCUAAUGUAAUGUUUAAUUGUAAUCCAACUAUUGUUGAACUAUUGAUCACCAUUGGAAGCCUCACACAGAAUAUCAAUAUACAAAUUAACAAUACAUAACAAUAACAACCACAGGACAACAUCAUGUCAAGUCAGGAAAAGCGUUUAGGUUCAGUUUUUGUUUCGAAUACUUUAUACGAAUAUACAUAAAACACUUGUAACUUAAGAAGAUACCAACAACAAAUAUAAUAUUUGAUUGGA